UUCAUUGACGUAAACUUUGCUUUCUGUUCAUAUUGGUACCUUCUUCCAGUCUAUUUGCACCCUAAAGGUGUAAAUUAACCGGAAGAAUGGACCGCAUGAAAUUCACAGUACACAUUCGAAAGGUUCUCCGUUACGUUAAAUUUGCACCAUUCGGGUCAACGGUUUGCAUAUUACGUAUUCAAUCAACACAAUUACUUAUUUUUAGCUUCAAAAAUAUAACAAUUCUACAGCUGUAAUAAUACAGUUAAUGAAACAUCUUUUAAGUGCGCGCGUGUAUUCAAAUGGCAAUAUUUAAAUAAAAAAGAUUUAUAUUUCCGUAGAAAACUCGUCGGCGUUGUUACGUUUAUCUCUGAUAUUUCAAGUGUUAGGCUGCACUUUGAAUUCAUCAAUCAUUUUUGUUGAAUGCAUCGGAGAGCGUCACUAAAUGGAUAUCGAGGUUCAGGCGAGAAACAGCGCAUGGAUAGAUAAGAAUCUUUGACAAAGAGGAAACGUGCGGCAUGGGUCUGCCGCGUCUCUCCUUGAAGGGAUACUUUUUCUAUGUGUUAUGUUCUUCUGGCUUGCUGUUGGUUCUCCUGAAUCUGUUACAGGACGAGAUAUGGCAUCGUAUGCGACCGCAUCCCGGACAAACUCCAUCCGUUCGAAUUGCCGACAGUACCAAGAUGAAACAAAAUUGGCCAACAAAGUCGAGGAAAACAACAAUGCAUAUUCUGCAGACUCAGGGAAAAGCGAAGAAAAAGCUUCUAGCGGAGGUUUUCAACUUAACUGGCACGACGAUUCUAUCGCGCAACAGUAUAGAAUCUAUGGAUCCAUCGAAAAGACCUUGGUACAUGAAAGGCGGGACCAGAAGACCAUAUCCCGUCGUGAAAUCCCGUCGCACGGGUCGAAGGUUGGCGCGAUUGUGGCCGGAUGAAGAUGCUUAUGACGAUCGCGUCACGAAUCAAUUAAUGUACGUACCUACCGAUUAUAACAAAACGACCGCGGAACAUCAACUAAAGAAAAUAAUGGUUCCGCAUGGAAUGCCGGAGGCAAAAGCUGGACCCGACAUAUUUCUCCAACAUCGUUGCCCAGUAAACACUUGCACGAUCGUUAGGGACAAUCCAGACGAAGCUGAUUUAAUUCUUUUUAAAGAUUACAUAACUCACGUGGGAAGAAGAUCGCCGAGUCAACAGGUGUGGAUGCUGUAUUUUUUAGAGUGCCCUUAUCACACACAGAGCGUGAAGAAUGCGUACAUUAAUUGGACAGCAACUUAUCGUCGCGACAGCGAUAUAGUUGCACCCUACGAAAGAUGGCAGUAUUACGAUCCCAGUAUCACACAAAUACCACAAACAUUCAAUUAUGCAGCAAAUAAAACUAAAAAGGUGGCAUGGUUCGUUUCUAAUUGUCAUCCACGAAAUCAACGUAUGCAUUACGCUAAAGAACUGUCGAAAUACAUACAGGUGGAUAUUUAUGGAACUUGUGGUACUUUGCGAUGUCCACGUUCGCAAUCUCAAGCGUGUUUCGAAAUGCUCGACGAGGACUACAAAUUUUAUCUUGCCUUUGAGAACUCGAAUUGCAAGGAUUACAUCACGGAAAAAUUCUUCGUCAAUGGUCUUGGGCACAACGUUUUGCCGAUCGUGAUGGGUGCGCACCCAACGGAUUACGCCCGUAGCGCGCCGUAUCGUUCGUACAUUCACGUGGACGAGUUCGAAUCUCCGAAAGAAUUAGCCGAAUACCUUCAUCGUCUGGAUCGCGACGACGAGCUGUACAAUUCGUAUUUCCGUUGGAAGGGUACCGGCGAAUUUAUUAAUACGUAUUUUUGGUGCCGAGUUUGUGCCAUGCUGCACGACGAACGACCACCGAAAUUUUACAAGGAUGUCAACGAAUGGUGGCGAGGCGAUGGCAUAUGCACGACGACUUCCUGGCGCGAACACGAUCAGACUCGUGCAGGAAAUCUGAAAACCACCUGAACAGUCCUCUACGAGGUUUGGCUAAUUUGUACGAAACGACGCGACGCGUCUUCUAUAUGCUUUCAUUGAAAGAAUCAUCUGGACUUCCAAAGGAUGUUAAAAAUUUUACCGAUACGGACGGGACGGCUUGCUCUGUCGCUUUUCGUUGGUCGCGUGAUUAAUUUGAUGCGACAGUUUUAUGGGAAAUUAAUAGGUUUUCACGAGUUCAGUGUUAACAAGUCUGGGUAGUCCGUUAAUUGAAGAAAAAGACUGCCGAUUACGAAUUUGAUGAAACACAAAGAGCUAGGAGUAUUUGAAUCUGUAUUUUUUGACAAACAACAAGGAUUUUUACACAAAUCAAUUGAACUGCUUCGCUAUUUUCGACGAACAUAGUUGCAUAUGUUUGUGUGAUUGGGAAAAUUUUAUUUAGAAUUUUUUUUUUUUAAUUAAGAGUUUAUAGUUGCAUCAACAAUUGAUUAUGAUUAUUUUUAAUUAACUGUAAGCUUUCUUUUGUAAAGUUGUUUAAAUUUUUUUCUAACUACUGUUAGUUUUGUAAAAAGUACUACAACUAUAGUGAGUUGAAAAAGCGAACUGUUUUAUACAUUUAUUAAUACAUAGUGAACAUUGACGUAGUUUGAUGUGAAAUUGGAAGAUAUUAAAAAAUGUUGACGUGAUUAAUUUAAAAAAGAGACAUACAUUAAAAGCACAAUGUCUUGUUAAAGUUGCAUUUAAACUUGAUAUUUAAUAACAAAGAUACACUACAGGUAGAAUACAAAAUAAAUUUAUUUCGAUUUUCUAAUUUUCUAACAGCUGACUAUUUAUGAAAUUGAAAUGUGUAAAAUAUCGCAGGCAAAAUGAAAAUAGAUUAGUACUUGUCGCUUUCAAAGCUAAAGGUACUAGGUAUUACAACUAAGGUAUAGUGUUGUGAUUAUUAUUAUAAUUAUUCAGGUAUAAUAGUAAUUUUUAUUUAUGUUAAUAAUACCUUAGAAAGAUACGGAAUAGAAUUAUGAAAUGGUCCUGGUUAAAAUAUAACAAAUUUUUGUUUAAUUACUUAAGCAUUACAAUGGUGAUAUACUAUGAUUAUUUUUAUUUUUCUUGUGUGUUUUAUACUCAAAGAUUGUCUCUAAGCAUCAAAAUUAAUUCGUUCAAUAGCACGACCCUUGCAUUGAUCACACAAAAUAAAUUCUAUUAUCAUUGAAUAUAGGAAAUAGAAGAAAAUAGAAGAACAUUGUACAAUAGCGAAAAAUUCGAUCGUAUACAGAUUAAUGUAAUUCUAAAUGUUCCUGGAACGUCAACGAUGUAAGCACACUAUCUUCGUCCAAUAUUCGGAUAAAUAUUCAUAUGAGUGCACGUUUACAUUCAAUGAAUAUUUAUCCGAUAAAAUAUUCAUGUGGGUUCGAAAUCAGAGCAUGGUUAUAUUCCAAAGCUUGUUUUACCAAAUAUCAGUAAAUUGCAGAUUCUAUUAAUUUGCUUAAGAUAUAUACAGCAUGAAGUAAUAAUCCUUUCCAUACAAAACAGUAAUUUGCAUAAAUUUUUAAAUCGUUUGCACUUAUCAAAUAGGAUCAGAUCAAAUACUUCGAAUUUGAAAACUUGAGUGCUGCAAUGAAAUAUUAACAUUAAUCUGAUAUAAAUAUUAUGUUUACAAGAUUUCAUUAGAAGUCGUAUAAGAAAAUAUCCAAAGAAAUUUUUUAUUAGAUUAGAUGUAUACUUUACUUCUUUAAUAUCUUUAAUUAUUAAGUAAAGAGAAAAUAUUGUUACGAUAGUAUACCUUAUCGAGACCAAAGAAAUUUUGUAAGAAGCUUUUAGAUGAUUUAUUCGAAGCAAUGGAAAAGUUUAUUGCUACAUUCUGUAUAAUAAAUUGCACUCUCGUAUGAGACACUGUUUGAUCGAAAACAUUGAACUCUUUCAAACAUUGAAGUCUUUCAAAGUGUGAUGUCUACAAUUUUACUUGUUAAUAGAUAACGAUAGAUCUAAUGAAUAUUAAAAUCAAUGUACAAUGUUAGAAUAAUAAUUUUUUUAGACUAUUCUCAGAUUUUAAAGCAUCGGAUGGCUUUCGAAAUUCUAAGGCUACUCAUUGAAAGUGGAAUUGAUAAAUAAUAGAAAAUCGUAGUAAGGAAACGUUUACAUGCAAAUGAAAAUUGCUUACCGUUUCUACAACUGUUUUUUGCAUUAUGGAAUUUAUUGUUUCCGUAUAUUCGAACCUACACGGGUAAAUCACCGAUUUAAGCCAUUAUUUGGAUCAACGCCGGGUUAAGGGAUGGUCUAAAGUCUAAGGGAUGCUACAACCAUAAGGCCCACUUACAGGCUUUCCAUUUAGUAUUUCAUUAUAUUUAAAAUAAUUUUCAAUUUUUGAAUCAAGUUUAUCAAUUAAGAGCCCUGUUAUAGGCUCCCUAUUUAUUACUUUAUUUUAUUUAGAAUAAAUUUCAAUAUUCGAACCAAGUUUAUCAACCAAGAAUCCUAUUAUAGGUCUUCUAUUUAAUAUUUUUCAUUAUAUUUAAAAUAAAUUUCAAUUUUUCAAUCAAGUUUAUUAACCAAGGGUUCUGUUAUAAGCCCUCCAUUUAAUAUUUUAUUUUAUUUAGAACAAAUUUCAAUUUUUGUACCAAAUUUAUUAACCCAGGGGCCUUCGAAAGGUUGAUAGCCCCGGGAUCCAAAAAUCUUAAUCCGGCAUUGAGGCUAUAAUUCGAUGAAUUGUUGACAGUGGUCUUCGCUUGAUACGUUGUACAAGUUUUUACUUCAUGUUCAUCGAACCAUUAUUGUAUCAUUUAGAUGCAGAAGAAGCAAUAUGGUUCAUCGUUCAGGGUUGCUAAUCACUAUCAUAGACAUGCCACUUUUAUGUAAGCGACUCUCAUUGAGAAAAUUUUCGUGUUAUGCAAAUGUACGUUUAAUACAUUGUACAUAUACCGUCGUUAAGUGUAAAAUGUCAUCAAGCAUGCGAGAUAAUUGAGAGAUCUAGUCAAAUGCGACCUUAUGGAAGAAUUUCUUCGAAUCAUUCUAAUCGCUAUGUAGGCAGCGAGUACCUGUUUCAAUGAUUCCUAGUAUAACUUAAUUUCGACUCAAUUAAUACAACGUUAGAUUAAUUUAAACGAUCAUUUAAAUGAUUAUUUACUGAGAGAAUCGUUGUCUGACCCAUUUAUUAACUUUAUGCAAUGUUUCUAGUGGGUCUGCGAUUUUCUCAUUAGGAAAUUUUCCUCGUCAUAGUAAUUUCAUUACUGUUUCAUUCAAUUCCGUACUUAAUAUUCUUACAUUUUGCUGAAGUUUAAAUGUUUUCGAAUAAUAAUUACCUACAUGAAAAAUUACAAUGACGAGGAAAAUUUGCUGUCAAUUUAUUGGUCAGUGUUCAAUAGGUGUUAAAGAUAUUGAAUGUAUCGUGUACUUACAUUGCAAUUACAAAGUUCUGGCAUUUGGAACUUCUUGCAGGAUGAUAUUGAUAUCGCUAUUAUUCGCAAAGCAGUGAGUAUGCAUAUCAAAAGUUGAUUUAGAAAGUCAAAUAUUAUUUUGUGUUUAAUUAUCUAGUCGUAAUUAAUUUUGUUUCAACUUUCAACUAUUCAAUUAAGGGAAAAUCAUCCCUUGCAAUGCAUAAAAGUGUCAGAAUUUAACAUGCAAAAAAUGUCUUAUUAGAAAAAUUUCAAUAUUUAAAGGCUUUACAAAAAUAAUGUAUCGCUUCGAGCAACUGCAUUAUUUUUAAGUUAAUUUCCUAUCGAGGACAUAUCAAUCAAUCAAUUAAAUAAUCAAACAGCUGACUGUCUGUUUGAAACAAGUUACAUAAGGACAUGGGGUGUGAGCUUUUGUGAAUAGUUAAUGGUUAAUUAAGCAAAUCUCACUGCUAAACCAGAAAAUAAUUAACAAUUGAUACCGUGCAUCAGGAAAUAGUACAUGUGCUAUUCGUAAACAAACGAAAGAAUUGCAUAAACACCAACAUAAGAAAUUUUGAGCUAAAUAUUUCAAUUUUCUACGUAUACUUAUGUAUAUAGCGUUAAGAAUCGUAAAGGAUCGUAAUUUUUUAAUUUAUUAACGUUUCACCUCGCAUUAUUCAUUUUUCAAAAUUUAUAAAUUUCUUUACAAGAUUAUUAUUAUUAUUAUUAUUUCUAUCCACUAUAAAAUUGCGAUAUUUUGAUAAAAUAUUGUAAAGCUUGUUUCAACACAGUGAUUAUACAAAGUAGUGAAAUAUUAAUUACUAUACAGGAAAUUUUUAAAAUUGGAGAAAGAUAUGAUCAUAGCACAGUGAAAACAACCUUCAUACCUGUUACUUUAAAUUCAUUUUUUAUUUUUAAAUAAUAGACGUUAGUAUGAAAUUGAGAAAUAAGAAUAAACGCGAGCUCGAUGGAAGAAAACAAAAAUAAACGAAGUGUAAAGAAUUCGCUUGUAAGGCUAGCAUAGCUCAAAAUACGUAGCUCAAAAAUACUUUUGGCCGUUGUAGUUUGGAAAAAUGUAAGCUCAAAAAGAUAACUAAAAUGAGAUAUAGUAUAGACAUAUUGCACAUUCGAAACGCACGCGAUCGAGUUACUUAAUUGUGGAUUCUACCACAGCUUUCAAUCGGUUCCUAUGUAAUGUCGAUUUUUCCGAGUACGCACAAGCAAGCUAGAUAUUUAGAUAAUUAAGCAAUCGAUUAUUGAUUGAUUAUUCCAUAGGGAAAUUGAUUGGUCUGGCUGGAGAACACGAUACUAAUCAUAUCGAGAAGUGUGAGAUAACCAAAAUAAUUUUCUCAUAUUUCAGUCAUAUUGACGAUCCGCAUUUGUGCACUGUCGUUUUUGAUUUCUUUCGCUGUAACACGCGAUAUCGCGUGAUUGAUCGUUAACCCUUUAAUAUACGCGUCAGUGAUAAUCUAACGAGGAUAUUAAAAGAAAAGACAUUUUGAUAAAAUGGCAAUAUUUUGAACUUUAUUUUUCGUUUCCUUUUUUCAAUAUCUCCAAAAAAAAGAAACUGGUAACAAUUUCAAAAUCCGAGUUUCUUUUUAAGCGUUUUGAAGAUUCUGAACGGCAGUCUACUAAUGUUCGAUCGAAUAAUAUUUUUUACUUCGAUAAAAGUUUAUUGAUUUUAAUCGAGGCUUUUAAUUGCAAGUUAAACAACAUGUUAUUCCAAAGAAUAGAAUAAUUGGUAGGUGGGAGUAACGCAUAAAGAUACGUAGCUGUAUGUACGUAUAGUUUGACAAUUUUUUGAGAGCGACUUUUUAGGAACUUAACGCGAACUAUUUUCUAGAAUAUUUUCAUUCGAAGUGAUUAAUAUUUUAAGAUAUUUAUAAAUAGAUUCGUUGUAUAUGUAGAUCAUUUUACGUUACCGUUAGUAACAAUUUCUAGGUAUAUGUAUACCUACAUUUUAGUGAUCAAUUGUUUUCAGCAAUACUAAUGCUAAGAACUCUGAUUUUGAAAAUUGUUAAUUAUUUAUAUUAACAAAUUAAUUGGUGAUCAUUUCAAGUUGAUAAUUGGUAUUUAGUUGACUGUAAAAUUAUUUAGACGAGAAAUUAUUAUAAAGUAGAUCUAAAUGAAAUUUAGUAAUUGUAACAAAGACACUAAAUAUGCAAUCUUUGAAACAAUCAGAGCUCGUAGAAUCAUGGAUAUUUCUUUAUAAAAACUUUGAAAUUAACAGAUAUAAAGGAACUAGUAGUACGAUACCCUAAAUAUAGUAUUUUAAAUGUGCACGAAGAUUCCAUUAAUUUAUUUACUAUUGGUGCUGAUUACAAUAAUUGGUGCUGGUGUACGCCACGUUUUGACCAUGUAAUAAAACUUGUUUCUGGCGGUAAGCGUUAAUUAUAGAAAGUUAAUGUAUAAAUAGAGCGAUUGAAAAUUAUAAAAUAGUAUAAUAAGAAAAUAAGGCAAACAUGUGCGCCGCUUGUUUCUUUCAACUUUAAAUGAAAUCCUUUCUUUUCACUGUAUGAAAAUUAGAAAAAAAUAUUAAAUAGUCAAGAUCACAGUUAGAAUCAAAAUAAGUAUUCUGAUUUUUCUUUGCAUCGCAUUGUGAUGUAUCAAAAUUGCAAAAUGCUCAAAAAAGAUGCAAUAAAAUCAGAUAUAUUUUGUAAUUUUCUCAAAACAAGCUUUUUCUUCUUCUUACAUACAUUCUAGUGUACGUUAAAAGAAAUCAUUUUAUCAUAAUGAACAACUGUGAAACAUAAUUUUCUAAUAAUUAAAUAUUUCUGUUCGAUGUAAGAAGAUGUUAUUUAGAUCGCACGUUUUCGAACUAGAUAGCGCGAUAAUUUGUAAAUAGUAAUUUAUGGUUAUAAUGGAGUGCUACGUGUGAAGAAAUCCAACCGUAAAUUAUAACGACAUUUAAUGACAUAUUAAUAUUUGAAAUUUGUAGAUAAAAUUGCAGAGUACGGCGAAAGAAAUCUAUUCUUUCGUUCUGUUUCAUCGAAGACAAGGAAUUAGUAUGCCUCAAUUAGUAACAUUAUAAUGAUCGACCAUAAUUGUGAGAAUUAUGUAAGUAAGCGUUACGUCGUAACACUUCAAUUGGAGUAUUUAAUUGUUAUCCCUAUAUUGUUCUUUAUCAAUUUCCAUUCUAUAACUUUCUUCUCGACAAUCGCUUUUAAUCAGAAAUGAACUGUUUCUAUGAAAACAGGUACACCGAUUAUGGUAUCAUUUUGUAAAACAGGCUUCCUUCGGCCUCGAUUUUCUAUAAAUUUUAAUCUGUUAAUUUUUGAAACGAUUUUAAUAUAAAAAGUGUUGGAUUCUUUCGUUUUCAACUCCGUUCGUUCAAUACAAUUAUUAAUGUAUUAUGUAUUUAUAUCGAUGUUAUGUAUGUUCCUGAUUAUGGGAAUAAAAAUGAACACUAUUCUUAUGUUUGAAA